AUGCAACAACUAAGUACUCUUGAUACAACAAGACCACUUGAUUUUGAUAAUUUAAAUUUAAUUAUUCGUCCACGAGCACCACGACGACGUCAAAGUGGAGCAUCAAUAAUACCAUUUCGACCUUAUGUCAAACGUUUAACUAGUGUACGUCUACCACAUUCAUAUGCAAAUGGACGUGAUAAUUGGGUCGAAUCAGGACGACGAGAAGCAUAUUUUGAACAAAAAAAUGCAAGAUGUAUUGGUUCAUUAUUUGAUGAUUGUGGAACAUCAGAAGUUAUUAGAUGGGAUAUAGAAGGAGAAUCAACUCGCUUACCUAUGAUGUGUAAAUUCUGGAUGAUUGUUGAUGGUGCUGUUGUUGAACGAGGAAAACCACGUAUGGUUCAGGAUGCAGCUGUUCAAGUAUACGUAGCAGGUCAUAGUCUUCGUUCAAUAAUAGCAGCUCAAAAUCAACAACUAAAUCGAACAGUUGUAACAAGAUAUGAUCGACGUCGUCGUCAUUCUUGGCAUGAUGUUAAUGAAUAUCAUAGUGUACCAUAUUUUCAGUAUACCAGUUCAAUACACUGCGGAAGUUCCAUAGCUAUUCAAUGUAAUGAACGAUCUGAACAUUUCAUGAGUACGGAAGAAUAUCUUCCUUUUAUUGAAGAAGAAACAGCCGACGAACAUUAUUUAAUGAAAACCGAAAAACAUAAUGCUCAAGAAAUAAUACAUCAUUACGAAUUACCACAAUAUCGAGCUCAAAUUAAUAUCACAACAGAAACAGAUGAUAAUCCAAUUGAAACAUCAUCAACUCGUUAUUCUAAUCGAUCACGUCGACAAACAUCAUCAUCAAGACAUUCUGAUGCGGGUUAUAUUUCAUUUGAAACAGCACUUAAUCGACAAUCAUAUUCAACACCCGAUUUUGAUAUUACUGUACUUCAACAACCUAGGUCAAAUAAUGAAACAAAUCAUAUAAUACAAACUGAAGGUUUAGAAACGGAAUCAAUAUGUACAUUAGAAUGUUUAGCUCAACGAUAUGAAAGAACAUUACAAGAUAGACGACAAGCAAUUGCGGUUAUUAAUGAUCAAUUAUUAGAUAUUGGUGGUGUUUUACAACGUUAUCGACAAAGAAUACGAGAACCAGUAUCAGUACCAGUACAAUCAAAUAAUGCAAUACGAGUCUCUCGAGAUAUAGUAAUGCCAUCACCAAAACCAAGACAAGAACGUUCAUCAUCUCCAGUAUCUUCGACUGGAUCAACAAGAAGUAAAUAUCGAUUUUUACCAAGUACAUCCAGAGAAGAAAUUCAUCAAGAUUAUCUUCCAUCACCUCUAAUAUAUAUUACAACUCCUAUAUUAAAUUCUCCUCGACAACCAAUAAUACAAACCGAAUAUUGUGAUAUAUGCUUAACUGAUCAUGGUGAAGGUUCAGCAUGGAUUCGUUAUAAUGAACAACGUCUUGAAACAUUACAACAACGAAUUGAUUUAAUGUUAGAGUUUAAUGAUAUGGAAGAUGUUCAAUCAUCAUCAAUAUCUUCAUCAGAUUCAGUUAGAAACAUAGCAAGAGCAUCAUCAACACAACGUAUUGAUAAUAUUCUUAUGGGAAGAUCGCAACGUCGAAAUCAAUUAACUUAUAAUAAUGAUCAAAUAAGUGUACCUCAUCGAACUAAUUAUCGUUCAUCUCGUGAUAUGAAUUCAAUGGUAUCAGAAUUUUCUCACUAUUCACCACGAAACUUAUCAAGAUCGAUACUUCCUGCAUCAAAAAGAGUACGAAUAUCAACGACUGAUAUAUUAAUUCCAAAUCAAGCUCAUCUUCAUGAACCAAUAUCAUCAUCAUCACAAUCUAUUCCUCGACCAAUUGUUUCAAUCUUACGUCGUAAUAAUAUAAAUUUAACAGCAAGACUACAUGGAUCAAAUGAAAUAUCACAAUUAGGUAGACGAGAUAUGAAUAAAAAUCGUUCGAUGAUUGACCAAUUUACUAUUCCACGUUAUUAUCGUUUAUAUAAUGAUGUUGGUUUUCGAGAGGUUUAUGAUUUUUCUUGUGUACUUAAUUCAUAUUUAAAUCGAACAACAUCACAAGAUUAUUCUUCAAUGAUUCAACAUUUUGCAUUAGAUCAUCAAAUACCAGCACCAAUCAUAAGUGCAGCAUGA